UCAUUCGAUUAUUUGGAGUCAUCACUACUUUUACGGACCUCAACACUUAAAGUAACAAUGAAGAUAAGUGGAUUGAUAACAUUACUUUUAAUAAUAUCAUCCAGUGGAUCAAUAUUAAAAAAUAAAGAUCCAAUACCACAAAAAUAUUAUAAUAAAUGGGAAAUAUCUAUUUACGUUCCUUUUAAAAACAGAACUACGUGUCAUGUUGUGCCAAUCAAACCACGAGCUUUCAUUGCUGAUGCUGAUUGUGUACAUAACGCACUGAUUACUGAUAACAAUAAUACUUAUUAUGAUAUUCAUAUAAAUUAUGGCUAUAGUUGGUACAAAUAUCUAUAUGUGGCAACUGUAAAUAAGAGUAAUAUAUUUUAUAAUGAAGAUUUAACGAGUAAAUAUAAUGAAUCUAAACGAAAUAUCGCGAUGAUAACAACCAACCAGCCGGUAUUUUCUGAUAAUAAUCCAUUGCUGCUCAAGGAAAUUACGCAGUAUUUAUACAAUUAUAUUUAUGACUUUGGAGAAAAAUCUGAAUCGAUGAAUCUACCGAACAAUACCAAUGACGUGGACUACACAAAUUGUAUAGUGCCUGGAUUUGGACAAUACGAUGCCUUUGUUAGUCCCUGUAUGUUCUCAAAUAAUUCUUUCUGGUGCCAUUAUCGGCCGAUGUUGGAGAACACUAACUAUAACCGAUUCAGAAAUUUCGUGUUAUGUAAAUCAAAACAAGACGGUAAAGAUUUACUAGUUGGAAUUUUGCCAGCAUUCAGUCAUCGUCAAAAAUCAACUAUUGGUUUCGAGACCUAUAUUAAAAUUGAAUAUAUUGGAGACUUACGUAAUGAAAUCUAUAAUAAAUACAAUGAUUGGUUGAGUAAAAAUCCUAAUCAGUUAAUCUAUAGACCCUAUAAAGCUACAGGUAGCGUUAUAACCAUAUCAUAACAUAAAAGAUGUACCAAUACUCAGAACUAUUUCGAUGUAAACUGUUUGUCAUUAUGAAAU